GUUAUAAUAGACGCACUUUGGUUCACUCGUUGCAGCAUCAGAACCAAACCAUAAGCAUCCACGGGUUGUGCAUAAUUCUUCAGAUGGUUGCAUGUUUAGUGUGAGCAAACACAUAAAGUGGGUCUUAAAAGUUAUCAGGGAAUAAAACCUCGUCAUUGUACAUUAGUGUAAGUCUUGAAGAGAAUUUAGAAGCAGUUGCAGCCAUGGGGUCGCAAAGCAACAACAGGAUAUUUAUAUUUCUUGGUGCAUUUCUAGCAGUUGCUGUGUUAGCAGUCGUGAUUGCUGUACCGCUGGCAUUAUCACAAAACAAUGUUAAUGGAGGAGAUGCUGCAAUAAAUAUAUUAACUGAGGUUCCCAUUAUAGAUGGCCAUAACGAUUGGCCAUACCAGUUACGGCGUCAUUUGCAAAACAAAAUUAAUGACAUUGACUUUAUGACCCAGAAUUUCUCAGAACUGUAUAAUGGUUCACAUACUGAUGUUCCACGGAUGAAAAUUGGAAAAAUGGGUGCACAGUUCUGGUCAUGCUACUGUGCUUGUGCAGCUGGUGGUAAAGAUGCCGUUCGACUUGGAAUUGAACAAAUCGACGUAGUGAGGCGAUAUACCGAAGCUAAUCCACUAAUCUUCCAGUUCACAACAACUGCUGAUGAAAUCAUGGCUGCAAACAAGGAGGGAAAAAUUGCUUGUCUGAUUGGUAUUGAAGGUGGUCACAUGAUUGACAGCUCACUUGCAGCACUAAGAACAUUGUUUAACCUUGGAACUCGAUAUAUGACACUGACACAUAGUUGCGAUACACCAUGGGCCACUGCAUUUAAUACCAAUAAAACAACAGGACUUACAUCAUUUGGAAAGCUCGUUGUUGCUGAAAUGAACCGCUUAGGCAUGUUGGUGGAUCUAGCUCAUGUAUCGGAUAUGACAAUGAAUGAUGUGUUUGAUGUUACGACUGCUCCAGUCAUUUACAGUCACAGUUCCGCUCGUGCAUUGUGCGACCAUGGAAGGAAUGUACCAGAUGAUAUUUUAAAACGACUUGCCGAGAACAAGGGAAUUCUGAUGGUCAAUUUUUACAAUGACUAUGUCACUUGUAGCCCUAAAGCCAAUAUUAGCAAUGUAGCAGAUCACUUUGAUUAUGUCAAAAAUCUUAUUGGAGCAGAUUAUCUCGGUAUGGGAGCAGAUUAUGAUGGUGUGCCACGUGUACCAGAGGGCCUAGAAGACGUGUCUACUUAUCCUAACUUGAUCAGAGAGUUGCUGAGCAGAGGCUGGGCAACAGAUGACUUGAAAAAAAUUAGCGGAGGGAACAUUUUACGUGUCAUGAGGGCGGUAGAAGAUGUGGCCAAGCAGAGUAGUAACGUUUCUCCAGGUGAAACUUGGAUCCCGGAUUCGGAAGUUGCAUCAGUUUGCAGAACUCCAGCAUAGUCAUUAUGCAGAAUAAUUUUUUAAUCACUUUUGUACAGCGGAGCCACUAGUCGUGUGAAAAUGUAAUUCUUUGUAUUAUUGAAAUUUUUUUACAAUAAAGUGGUCUGAACUGGUGGUAUUUUA